GCGCGGCGUGCGUGUGCUCGUUGGCUGCAGGGAGGAGCCGCACGCGUGGGAGCCGGCCGUGGUGUCGUCAGCCGCCUCACGAUGGUCACCGCUCCCUCCCACCCCGUCACCCUGUCACAGCCGCGGCGGGCACUUCCGGGCGCCCCGGGUGUCCGUUGGGUCUGUCAGCACGCACUCCCCGGAGCGCGUCGCGGCAGGCAGGAAGAGCACAUUUCAAAUCUUUGGGAAAGAAGUGUGCCUCAUAGAUUAUUCGAUGUGUCCCGUCCCCAGCGCUGUUCGAGAGCCCAUCUGCUGUGAGUGCCAGGCCAGGUUCGGGGGCUGCCUGCCCGUGCCCAGGGUCAAGGCUGCCCUGCCUUACUGGGUCCCUUUGUCUCUGAGACCCCGAAAGCAGAUCCCAAAGAUGGUCCAGUUUUAUACCCCCAAAACCACCAAGGCAUGCCCCUGUCCAUGCCACCGUUUUGGGGGCCGCCUCCCGAUGCCUAGGGAUCAGGCUGUGAUGCCCUACUGGGUGCCCCAGGUCCUGAGGCCUCACACGAAGGUGGUGAAAAGGCAGCAGAGUUUUAAAGGCAUGCAAGAAUCCCCGCUGGACUUGCGCUCCCGGUACCACCGCUGGCGGGUCUGCUGUGAUGGGAGCCUCUUCCUCAAGUGGCGGCAGCUCCAGGCCCUUCACCACCAGGAGCCACCGGCCCUGGGGAGGGGAGAGAGCCCCCCGGCCCCCAUCCUGCCCCUCGGCCUCAGCCUCCUCACCCUGCUGCAGGCCGUCGUGAGGGUCGUGGUGGCCAUUCGCCAGUUGUUUUGGGUUUGAACUUGGAAUCUUCAGCUACUGUUGAGAACAUCCGCGAACAUGUCAAUUGUAAUCAAGUCAGGAGGAGUCUGUGAUGGCCCGCAUUGUCUCAGGUCAUAUAAUUCACACCCAGGGUUGAAUCCAAGCUGUUUAUCAUCCGGGAGGCUGUGGAUGCUGGUGAGACCCUGAAUGCGGCCAAUAAAUGUUAUUUGUGAGACU